AUGCCUGGCGGACUCGUCCCUGAGCGCCGCAAUUACCGGGUGAGACGGGUUGUUAUGCUUCGCCAUCUCGGUCUUGAUUUUUUCCUCAAAGGAGUACUCGAUGAUCCGCUUGGUGACCGUGUAGUAACGGUGCUUGAGUUUCUCAAGCGUGACAUCCUUCCUCCACUUAAACCGAUCGUGUAUUGCGACGAAUCUGAGCUCGAACAUCUCGCAAAGAUCAAAGAGGAGGUCGGUUUCCUCCUUGGUCCACGACGGGUCGAGGUCGCCGAUCUGAUACCGGUAGAACUCAUCGGAGUAGCGAUAAAUUUUUAUUGCCGGAGCUACCUUGGCGAACGGAUAAGAGUCUAUAGGGUUGUUUUCCUCGUCCAGUUUCGGCAGGGUGGACGUGACGUCCGAGUCGAGCGUUUCGGCGUAUUUCUCGUGAAGUUCCAGCGGCGCAUUAGGCGCAACCUUAGGUUGAUCCCGGGUCCUGGCGACUUGUCUCCAGUGCUUGAGGACCAGCCCGUCGGACCUCGCCGGGUUCCUGAAUGGGCAGAGUCUCCAUACAUUGGUAGAUGGCUUAUCGCCCGUUUGCGAUGUGUCGGUGCCAGGUGCCUGCAAAAGUAUUUAUAUAAGCCUCAUAGAUGCUGCAAAUGA